CGUCCGCCGGCCCCAGGCUUCUGCUUCCACUGGGGUAAGUGCGGGCCGCUCUCAGUGUCUCUCUAGUCACGUGAUAUGAUAGUCGCCCAACGACAUCCCACCUCACUCAUCAAUGUCGCAACGCGUGAUGUAACCUCAAGAAUGUUCAAAAUGUGACCAUUGCUGGCGACAGCCUGGAAUGUCUGUUGAAUUGGCCAACUGCUUCGUUGCGGGCGUCCGCUCUCAAGCAUGGCUGUGUCUUCUCCGACCCCCUACCUUGAUGCACUUCGCAGGGAUGGUUUCGUUAAGAUUCCGCAUCUAUUAUCAUCGGAAAUGUUGUCUGCCUUGAGAGUGGCUUCCAAGAAUACCACUGACAAUGCUCGUCAGGGCAGGUGGCCUCAUGUUCGAACGGUACCGAAGCAGUACCUGCCCUGGCAAGAUUGGAAGCCCGGUGACAAUAUCUGGGGAGUACAACACUUGCUCCACCCAGAAAUGAGCGACAGAGACAGCUUUGCGGACCUUUAUUUCUCGCAAGAAGUUCUGUCUGUGGUCGAGGAACUUGUCGGGCUGAAAGGCGACCCAGAAGCAAACGACAAAUUGGUCAUGGAGCUCUUCAACCUCCUUAUCAGCCCUGCCGAUAACACCGAUUUCGAGCUUUGUUGGCAUAGGGACGACAUUCGCCCAGACGUCAGUCUAGAGGAAGAGGCCCGCCAACUCAGUGAGAAAAGUCCAAACGGCCAACAGCUGCAUGCACAAUACAACAUUGCGUUAUUUGACGAUGCUUCCUUGAUAGUCAUACCAGGGAGCCAUCGACGAGUCAGAACAGAUACUGAAAGAACUGCAUCACCCUGUGAAGCAUCUUUACCCGGUCAGCUGAUAGUAGAGCUGGGGCCUGGAGAUGCGGUCUUUUACGACAGCAACAUUCUUCACCGCGGCGUCUACAAAGGGAUUGAUGCGAGUCAAACCCUCGGCCGGAUGACUCUGCAUGGCUCUGUGGGGUUGGCGGACCAUGGUCCUCAGCGAGCUCGACAGGUGCUCCAGCAUGCUGUUGGUCAGUGGGUCGAUAGAGCUCGGUUCAAGACGGACGACAUGACGGGAGUUCGAGCCGAAGCCAUGAGAAAGAGGUUGGUUGCAAUGGGGCGAGGCGAAAAUGUCGGGUAUUCCCUUAUGGGCUGAGAGAAGCAAAGAACUUCCUACCUAGUUCGAGCAGAUGGCGUCAACUGUGAUGUGAUUGACGCGUUCUUCAAGCACUGAACCGGUCUUGAAUCAAGAACAAUUUGUCUCAGGUCCAAUUUAUCAUGACCAUCUCGUGAAAAGCUGUGCACCAGAAAAAUCUAGCCCCCAAUGCCUCUACAUCAUCGGUUGUCCAGUCGUUAGUCUCUGGGAAGUGUGACCGCAUCUGGGCCAGCAGAACGACACCUUCGACUUCGAGCUCUCCACCGCCAAUCAACCAAGAAUUCACAGCUACGAGCCAGAUCCAGAUCAAGCAUUGUCGAUAUUCAAUUUCAACGGGCGGAUCGAUGGAUCUGACCGCAAUUGCCAACGCUUCUGUCACACUGUGGAAGACACAUGCUCGGAACUCCCUUCCCACGAUGCUAAGGACUCCAUAACGGACUAGGCCGAGACAGACGAGUUUGUCCACUGACAGCCUCUUGCUGUAGACUGCAGGACAAAAAUCCUUGAGCGGUGCAUACACGGCCUCGUUCACGGGCCAUGGAUUGACGGUGUAAUCUCGACGAGCAAGUCGGUUGAUUAUGGCUAUGGUUUCUUUACCGAGCAUUCCCCUCUCAGCAAGGGGAGCAAAUCCGGGAGGCAUUGAGAUCAGGGCGUCCUCGUGUGUUAGCAUCUCGAAGGUUUCGGGUCGAGGUCCGUCGAAACCCAGGAAAUCGAAUUCUUCCACGUCGGCUGAUAGCGAGUCCUGAAUCUGAAAUCUACGGGACCAGUCAGACACAAGCAAUCAAUAGGGAUUGAUACAGACAUACUGAGAGGCCAAAGCCUGGAUCCAGGGUACCGCGAUCAGGCCGUUAGCGCCACCCCGUGCUUUAACCAUGGCAGCAGCUUUGGACCUAUGGGCUCGUUCGGCGUCACGAUUGUGCUCGGAACCUUCGAGGAUGGCAAGAAACAUCACGGUCAAUAUGGGGCUAUCGUCGAUACCCGCAUCGGAGAGCUCGAUUCGAUUCCGGAGUUGAGCGAGGGCACCCUCCUUGUGGAGGUAGACACCAGUCACGAUCUGUUGGCUAGCGGGGGCAAGUUUCAUCAAUGGGCUAGCCAGGGAUAACAUGCUGGCCACCACGACAUCCAAAACGUCCCUGGACGAAGCCAUCUGUUCGAGAAGCCAAGACCCGUAGAGAUUAGAGACGCCAAAGGUGCCCGCAAUAGCGGCGUGAAUCGGAGAGACAACAUUGUGCACUCACAAACAAAUCAAUAUCAAGUACCACAAAGGAUUGCCGGACAACGUACUAAAGUCGAUAGCUAUCCCGGCGGUGACGCUAUCACUGCCAGGGAUGCAAUUGAAGGGGUCCUUCCUGGCACCUUUGGACCAAUGCCAUGGACUUGGAUCUGCUGCUGGUGUCUGCGUCGCUACUUGAUUAUUCUCCGGUUGGGCCGUCUUCUCCGGCUUGCCCGCGGACAAGAGAAUCAACUUCUUGGUCCGGUGUGCAGCUCGAGCAGCAUGCGACUUUGCUUGAGAUAUUGCGAGCUCCUUCUCCCUGACUGUCUGGCCACCUUGAAUACUGAUGAAUGCGUACUUGGCCAUCACAGAAGAUGGUUUGUACGGUUGGCCCAAACACGAUAAUGGCCCACAGGGCGCGGAAGUGGUAUUGUUGCGACAGGAGGAUUGGGGGAUGGACACAGUCAACCCACCAGGUUAUAUUGUUUCAGGAAAUUCCACUAAAUCAGAGCAUGGGUUGUAGCA